UCUCGGGCGCACCACAUGUAAACAAGAUCAUCUCGCACGUGUCCGGGAGGCUGGAUGUUUAUUAUUUUUGUUAUUUAUUACUCUAUGAAGGCAAGAUAAACAGUGUAACGCCAUUGAAAAGAAGUGUUGGAAGUAGAAGAGGAUAUAUUCAAGAGGAAGAGGACCUGCGAGGAGAAAUAAAACGAUACAGGCCAAAAAUAAGAAGAGGGUCGAGAUACACGUGUCAAUGAUGCUGCUUGACAAGACGUAUUUAUUAUUAUAGUGAGGAGAGAUAAAUAGUGUAACGCCAUUGAAAAGAAGUGUGUGAAUAACCAGAAGAGAGUACCAAGAGGAGGAGGACUUACGAGGAGAAAUAAAGCGAUACAGGUAAAAAGAAGGAGGGUCGAGAUGGACAAGACAUAUUAUUAUAGUGAGGAGAGAUAGACAUUGUAAAGCCAUUGAAAAGAAAUGUGUGAAUAACUAGAAGAGAGGAUCAAGAGGAGGAGGACUUACGAAGAGAAAUAAAACAAUACAGGUCAAAAGAAGAGGGUGGUGAUACACAUGUGCCCGUACAAGAUAUAUAUUAAAAAAGAUACAUGACACAUACCCUGUAAAAAUGUGUCUCUUACCCGUGAACAUUGAUAUUAACUAAUCCUAAUUGACUGCAGCAUAGCGACACACAGUUAAAGCAAUCUUCAAGACCAUUGAUAAUAAUAAUAAAAAUAGUUUUUGAUUUGACAGUUUUCAAUAAGCGGCAAAAUCAAGGACACGAAAGAUGAAGGUCGAGACACUUUUGACGGAGCUGGCGGGGAACCUUCCUUUUGCAGCCUUAGAAGAAUUCAACACUUUCCUGGAGGAGAGCGCUGAGCCACAAGGGAUCGUCCACGGGCUGCUCCUCUCCUCAAGAAAAUGCGACGAGAUCCUGGAGCUGUUGCGGGCAGAGAAGCGAACCCACUCAGAGCUGGCCACGAUCUUCACCACUCUCGGCCACGUUCUUUUAAAUAUCGCCGGCGAGCUGAGUGAAUUCAGUCAUGUCGGCCUUCACAUCACCCAGCAACUGCUCCACAACCAUGAGGGAAGCAUCUACAGACUCAUCACAUCCUCCAGCAGCAACAGAGCCUCUAAGUCCGUCCUCAGAUGCCUUACCGGGAUGGUCAUGUGUGGAGGUGAGGCUGCCAAUGAGGUCCUAGCAACACUUAACUGGCAGAAGGUCAACAUUGAAGCCGUCGCCAACCGCCAGAGCCUCAAGGAUGUCUAUGAUGUCCGGGCCUGGUGCAUCUACCUGAUUCUGGCAUUUCUGAACUCCUCGGAAGAACCCAACCUCACCAAACAGUUCCUGCUGAAAAAAGAUUUGUUGCCAGCUAUCUUUUCCGGGCUGGUCUGGGAUCCAUGCGAGAGGGUCAUCAAUGUCCUCAAUGUGGUUCACGAGUCUGUCCUGCUGAACCCCAGUGUCACCAAGACCAUGAAGAUCGACCUGUUCACCCCCGCCACCACCAAGCACCUUCUGGACCUAUACAAAUGGAUGGGACCAAUCGGAAAGCUCGCCAAAGGGGGGAACUUAGAUGACCUGGAGAGUGAUUUAGCCAAGGAGGUUUUAAGCGAUAGAAAUCAAGUCACGGAUGCGCUGCAGAAAUUCAUGAUGACUCUCUGUACCUCAACGACUCACGGGAUCAUAUUUAAGGAGAAGAUUCAAGGGGGCUCCAUUAAGUCAAAUAACUGGUAUGUUUACAAGAUCAUGUCCAACUUGAAGACUCCAUGGGAAGACCCUAAGGAGAGUGAACUAAUGAGUAGCUUCUUGGGUAAGUGUCCAGACCUCCUCAAGACCUACAUGCCCUCCCUGAAGAGCUCCCUGAAGCCAAGACCAACCAAGGCAUUUUUGUCGCUUAUGAAGAUGGUGACACACAUUAUUGAUAGCCAAAGCCCAUGGACGAAACUCGAGGCUCAUGGGCCGGAGGGAGCAGUGGGUUGCAUCGUGCCGCAGCCCCUCAUUCCGCCCUACAUCAAGUCCCUGCUGGAAUCAUUCAACAGCUCGGUCAGGUUCUGUGGGGUCAAACUCGUGCUCUCUAUGCUAUUGAAAACCAAGGAGACAUCUGAGGUUAUUCAAAGCAGCAAGGAGCUUCUGCCGGAGGUCAAACAUCACGCCCAGGAGAAAAUCAAGAAAAUGGUGUUCAAGAUCUUAAAACUAGGACCGAUUAUCUCUUCCUGGGAGAUCGCCGUUGGUCAGAAAACCUCAGACAUGGACGAGGAAGAAGAAUCACCACCGGAAGACUUGGAACAGCCUCUCAAAAUCACGGAACUCCUGCACAUCGCCAAAGCCUUGACGCUCUACAAUGAACUCCAGCCGAACGAAGCUUUGCAUAAGACUCUUGACCCCUUGAAGAUGCUGGAUGUCGUACAGAGGCUCCCAGAAGACUGCACUGACACUACAGAGAACUCAAAAGCAAAACUAGAGCUCCAGGUCCUGUGUCUAGAGCUGUUGGCACUCGGGAAACAGAGCCAAGAGAGUGUGAUAGACAGCAGUGCCAUUGAAGGUGAGAGCAGCCAGAACAUCGAAGAAAGCAUCCUCUACAAGCUGAUCUGUACGUAUGCUCAAUCUGGAAAGGAGAUUUUGACGCAAGAGGACGAGCAUCUCCGAGUUGUUGUAACGGAGAAGUGCUUUAGAAUCCUGUCCACGUCCCUCGCCAAAGUAGGGUUGCCGGCUCACUAUGAUGGCAGCGUUAAGUUCUGGCUAAGACACAUUACAGGGGAAAGGGACACAAAGCUUGCCUCCUUUCUCACCAUGGUCGUACAGAAAACAGUGUCAUCCCUUCACCAGUACACAGAUGCGAUUAUCAAGAUAGCGAACAAUCUGAAGGAGCAGGUCAGCGAGGGGCAGAUCACAUCCUUCAUGAACUCCCUGGAAACGAUGGAGAUUGAGGAUAACAGGGAGGUGUCAAAUGUGUCCAUCUCCCUUCCGUUUUCUCGACUGAUUCUGGCUGCUGUCGAUUUGCUGGAAGGAGACGCAGAUCCAGACCAUGUGGAAUAUUUCUCUAAGGUCAUUACAGAUUACCAGUACUCGGUGAAUGACCCGGAACUGCUGACCACUUACCUCCUGCAAAAUGAGAGCAUCCUGACCUUGACCUUAGUGGAAUAUUUGAAGUCCUGGGGUAGAGAGAGUGCAGAAGGAGGUGCUUGUGGCAAUGGUUUCAAGCUUCAAACCAUUCCUUUGAGUGAAAACCCAAGUCUGUCGGAAAUCCUGAAGUACUUGUUCAUGACGGGUGACUUGGCAUCUGUCGAACCUCUCUUAGAAGGCGACAAACUGCAAGAAUACGUCACCAAAAAAGAUCUGGAUUUGGCCAUUUCGCAACUACUCCUGUACAUACACUUAAGAUCGGACGCCCAGAAGGGGAAGAGCAAGGUCCUAAAGAAAUACGUGAAGAUCCUUCAACGUAUUUAUCUGUUGCACGAGAGCAGCGACACGGGUGAGGCAGAGCACGUGCUUCAGACGGUACUGGAACACCCUCGAAUCCUCUCAGCCUAUCACCCAUUCUCCAAAAAGGUCACACCGGUCACUGAACUAGCUCAGGAUUUCAUAACGUCUGUCCUACAAAAGCAUCCAACACUGAUCUCAUGCACAGUUCCAUAUUUUGACACUAUAGCAAGAUCAAUAGACUCUCACCUCCACACAAGCGACAAUGUGGAUUAUUGGGCGCCAGUUUCACCGUUCGUUACGUCGAAAAACACGAUUGUUAGUUACGAGGCAGCGGAAAACAUCCUCGUGACGUGCCUCAGAACUCCAUCCUUUCCCUCGGCCUCUCUGGAAACCCUCGUACUCGAACUCAUAAAACUGAUCUCCAGGACGACAAGCGCAAAGAGGAGGUUAGGCGGAGAGUCAGUUGAGGUCCUUUUGAAUAAGUUCCUGGACUGGGGACGAGCUACGCAAGAGGCAGCAUCUCAGGAGACUCUUAAACACCUUGAGACUCUGCUGGUUCAAGUGUUAAGUGCUUCGAAGAUUGAGCAACUCACUUCAGGGGACUUGAAAUCACUCCUACAGGUCCAGCCGGCAUGCCCAAACCUAUGUUGCCAUAUCGUGCGCCAACACCCACCGCACGGCAGGACCUUCGCCAAGUACCUCAAGAAACACCGGACAGCUCUCCCGGCCCAAGCUCUCACACUCUCACUCCUGUUAGAGCAAGAGGUGGGGGAGGUCACCAUACUUGCAAAGGCGGCGCUCGUCAAGGUUAUGGACGAGAUCAAGGAGUGGAUGCUGGAUAUUGAGGGGCCUGAGGAUGCUACGAGUGUGCUCCUUCCCCAUGUCUUGAAGGAGGGUUUGCUGGACGAGGACAUCAUGUGCGCCGUCUGCAGCAAUCUCUACGAAGCCACAGUCACCAACCGUCAGGCGCCCCCCAAGAAGCUACUCUCCCUCCUACCAGUGUUCGAAGCCCUGUCAAAAGCCGGCCCAGCACUUACCAAACUCGACCUGCCGGAAGAACAGUUGUCAGUGCUCCACAUCUGCUUGAGCUGCAUCAGAAGCGCAUAUCAGAAGGAAGACCGGGACUCGGAUCUCUUGCUGGGGGUGGCCAAGGUGGUGUCCGAGGUGGUGCUGAAAGUGGAGGAAGGUUCGCUAAGAAAUAGUCUCUCCGCCAGCAAGAUUUGGUCCUCCUUUGUCAAGCAGGUUCUUCGUGUCGGCAUCACUGACCCCAUACUAGGCCCGGACAUGAUGCAGACACUCACUCACCUCUCGUCAGUCGUGUACAGGAAGGACGGGAAUGCCAAGGCUCCUGGAGAGGGUGUUCUGCCCAUCACCACGCUCUACCAGAUGGUCAUGGGCCACUCGCAGUACCUCACACUCAUGUUUAACCAAGAGGAGGAGUGGGAGGGGCUGAAAGAACAAGUCAUAGCGCUGCAGCAAACCUUAGUGGACUGCGAGCCGUCAGUCUGCCAGGAGAGCCACGUCCCUAUACUUCUUGGAGCGUACGGGGCCUCCAUGUCUACCCUGGACCAGCGCAUAUUAAAGAUGCUGUUCUCCUACGAGCAUCAAGGCUUCAUGACCAGCUACCAACCAGUCCUGUGGGGCAAGACAGCGGUUGUGCACUUUGGCGUCAAGUCCCAGAGUCUCGGCUUCUUCAAGGACCCUCUGCCGGAACAGGUGGUCGGCCUGCUCAACAUGGACAAGAUUCUCCACACUUGCUUCAACUUCAAUACCAGACUGCCGUUGGAGCCGACGGAAAUCCACAAGGCAGACAAGACAUUGUACGACAUCCGGUUCCUGUUGCCACUGAUGCUGUACCUGGCUGACGAGGACCGGCUGAGCGAGAUUGACUUCGCGGAGUGUGGUGCUGUUGUCCUGGGCCUCAUCGCCUUGACCUCACACCAGCGGGAGGUUUGGGGCACUGGCGCGGCGAUCCUCAGAUGCAUGGUGGAGAAAAUGGAGAAGUCUCGACACCGAAGGCUCAGUCUGCCGUGGUUCUGGAUGGUUGGCGUGGUGAGCUGCGCCAUGAACGGGAAGUACCGCCGCCUGCCCGCCCUGACGACCCACUUCCUCAUCCACGGCACCCAGCUCCUCUCCCAGCCCGAGCAUCCCCUGUACAACAUCGUCCUCAACUAUGUGUUCCUGAAGCCGGAUUUUAAGCUGUAUUUCGUCCCAGAACUGUACCGUCUCUACAACUCCGCGCACGUUACUGACAGCCGAAAGCACCGAUCAUUCCUGCUGUCGAUCCUCUCCUCCGGUAUCAGGCAAAUCAUCGACUACAAGAUCAGCCAGAGGAGUUUCACAGCCACUCUCAUGAUGGGGAUGCUGCAGGCCCCAACUGUGGAUGCUGAACUUAAGUCUCAGGUUCUAGAGGUGGUCGAGGCCAUGGUACGAAUCCCUCUCGGCGCCGUGGAGCUCGUGCGGCAACACAGUCUGCUCACGGUCCUGCCCACACUGUUAUCCGGGGACAGCCAUGAACUCCCAGGCAGCAGGUCUGGCCACUUGCUGCUCCUCUCAUCAGUGGUGAAGGUCGUGAGUGCUCUGUGGGCGACACUGUUUGAUAGCACCACCAGGAAGGACAUAGUAGCCAGCGACGCGCCAGAUGAGCAUUUCCCGGAGCAAGACGAUGCUGCUAGUCCGGCUAAACCUACUAAGAGGAAGAGGGACAAUGACACCAGAGAAAGUGCAAGUAAAAAACCCAAAGUCGAUUCUGGGAUUGACUCGGAAAGCUCGGAUGCUGAGUUGAGCAAGGAAGACCCAAAGGAGUUUUCUGUCGGAGGAAUGGCCCCCACAGAAAAGCUACUCCCUCCUUUGUUUAUCCAUGAGUACCUGAACACCCUGAUGCUCCUCCUGCCUGUCAUCACCGCCAGCUCCCCGCCCUCCACCCUGGCCACCUAUCUUGGCCUUGUGUCUGAAGUGGUACAGUAUGUCGAGAGAGUGUCGGAGCUGUCGAACAAGAAGCAGAGGAUACGUCUUGCUGCCCUUGCGCCGGAAACCAUCAAAGAACAGGUGUUUGAAAGAGUUCAGUGGAACAUCCUACAUGACCACCUCCAGGAGCACCUCAGUGAUAACCAAGAAGUGCAGCUGAUGGGUGGCAGAAGUCAGGAGUCUAUGCAGAAGUGGAGGAGUGAGCCGCUCAGUGUGCCUCUAAAGAAACUAGACAAGAGUGAAUCAGAGAGUGAAGAGUAUUGUGAUGGAGUGAGAGAGCUGAGAGAGGCUGUUAUGAAGCUUUUGAAAGUCUUAGGAAAGUAAAGAAAAAAUAAGAACUUGUUGAUAGCACAGAAGUCAUCACAGUUUUACAUCUUUUUAAUGUUAUUGUUAAGUUUAAGUAUUUUUUUGUGGGAAUAUGAUGUGACAAUGAAAUAAAACCAUAAAUACCAAGGAAAAA